AACUAGCUGAGUUUUACUUUAGUUGCUCUCCUGACAUUCGUUCAGCUUGACGUAAUUCGUUGCAAUGUUGCUGUUAGCGCGUGGUAUUUGGUUUCCAUGGCAACAAGACAAGCCUUGCCAUUGGACCUUAACCUUAAAACUCCGCACUGCUUCAGACAAUUUUGUAUGGAAACCACGUAUUUGUGGAAUGUAAUGAAUAUUUCAACUUGAAAUAUUCAUGGUUUUCUACGUCUUUGUGUUUGUAGUUGUUGAAGUCAUAUUUAGUGUCAGUAGGAAAGAGCGCAUCGCGCCGAGAAUUUAUUUGAAGAUGGGUGAUGAUAUAAAGCCAGAUGUCAUAAAAAAGACACAAGAGUCCUUAGGAAAAUAUAUCAAGAAACCCCCAUUAACAGAAAAGUUGCUGAAGAAGCCCCCUUUUCGUUUUCUCCAUGAUAUCAUAACCAAUCGCAAUCACAACCUCAAUUUGGUUGACAAACGUGUUACCGUGAAAGAAUUGUUAAUGAAUGUGGGUACAGGAGAAACGAAUAUGUGCUGUAACGUAGUGACAUGCCCGCUGCACCUCACAAGUCCUGAGGCCGGAGAUAGGGCGGGGUUGGCCAUCUGGCGGCAGGCCUGCGGCUACCAAAGACGGAAGGUUAUUCGGGAAACUGGUUUCCUAGAAGGAAUAUUCACAUCUGAGGAAUUAAAUCAUGAAAAUGUUAAAGACAGGGAGAGUAAAAUAACAUUUCUCCAGAAGGCGAUUGAUGCUGUCAAAUCAAUAACUGGAAUACAAUUAACUGCUCGGCCAUCGAAAAUAGUAGCUGGCCAUGAGCCUGCUAAAACCAAUGAAUUUUUGCAAGCUAUAGGAAAAGCUCUAGAGAAGAAGCUUGACAGUAGUGAUUAUGCAGCAAAGCCUUCUAAGCCAGAAAAAACAGGAAAAACUAAAUCAACACACAAAGAGGAAGGAACUAAAAUAAAAUCAAAAACUAGUAAUCCAGUUAAAUCUCAUGCAAGAGACAAAAGUAAAAGUAAAGAUUCAACCAAGAAGAAAUCCUCUGGAACACCAAACGAAAAAAAUGCAAAAUCUCCUAAGGAAACUCAACAGCAAGAAACCAAAAAAUCUGAGGUUGAGUUACCUGCAGCAAAAGAAGCUCCAAAUAAUAAGUCAAAUAAUAUUGAAGAUGAACAUAAAGUUAGUUCAUCUCCUCAUCCACCAGCAUUAUCAACAAAUGAUCAAGAGCCUGUUCCGUCAAUAAGUAUUCCAAGUUCACCAAAGGUGUUGCAGUCACAUUCAAAACUAUUAGAUGAAAAAGAUCAAAAGAAUGAAAUUCAAGAAGAUACUGCAGUAAAUCAAGUGGUGUCUGCUUCUCCAAAGAAAAUUUCCCCUCAUGAGCAACAAUCUGCUUCGCCAAAGAAAGCUUCUCCUCAUGAAAGGAAAAAGAAAUCUGCAAAAGUUAAUGAUACCCAAUUAGACGUGUCAAGAGAUGCAAAUGCUACAGAUGCUGACAGGAAAGAAGCUGCUACACCAGUAGAAAUUGGCGUGUUUGGUAGCAAGACUAUAGGCAGUGAUAUACCCGAAACUCAAGUGCUCAGAGAAUUACAUCUGCUCGCCCAAGAACAGCUCGUCCGGCCAGCGCUCGCCCUGCUGCUCCAAGAAUACGUGAUCGCGGAGAAACAAGCAGUUGGCAAAGUAAACGUUAUUACUGACAGUGAGUCAGUUAAAGAACAAGAUGAAUUUGAAAAUUUUGUUGUUGAAGAAACACCAUUAAUAGCAUCUCUUGACCAAGAUACUCCUACCGCCCCUGCUAUCCCGACGUCUGGAGAUCAAGGGCAGCAUGGUCAUUUAGUGGCACAGAUAUUGGAAACACAGAAAGAAUUAGAAGAUGAUAGCCAGUUUUCAUUUGGAGAUAAGGAUAAACAUACGAAGAGAGUUGAAAUUGAAUGGGAGAGUGGCCAAAGAAGAGAAAAGGAAAUUGCUAGUAAGGAAGUUGAUCGUUUGCGUACUUCAAUACAGACAUUAACAAGAGCGGCCAAUCCUCUUGGAAAAUUGAUGGAUUUUCUCCAAGAGGAUGUGGAUGCAAUGCAGAGAGAGCUUGAACUGUGGAAAACCACAAAUGAGCAACUUCAAGUAGAGUUACUUGAGGAACAAAGUUUGACAGAAGAAUCAGUUGAACCAAUGAAAAUUCAUUUAGAGCGGCUGCAACAAAGUAUUAGUGAAAAGUUAGAUGAAAUUAGUGCCUUAAAAGCUACUAUUCUGAGAAAUGAUAUAAAAAUUCAGAAACUUGUAACAGCUGGAUUUGUACAAAAGUCUGAUGUUUUUGCUUAAUGUGUUUAGUUCAAUUUUAAAAAUAAUUAGUUAUAAAUCUGUAACAUACAUAUCAACAUGUAAAAUAUAAUUCAAUUUCAUGUAUUUUUGUGAAUUGGUAAUAAUUUAAAUAAACAUGACAAAGAUAUA